UUCAUCAGAAAAGUAUUGACUACGUAGUGCUGAGUCCUAUUGGUUAACUUAUCCGUGACGUCGCCUUCUUCUGGCUUCCUCAGGUUGUCAGUUGACAGAAGGCAUAGAAUAGAAGUGUAACGGGUUGACCUUAUUAGAGAGAUAGGCAGGCUAUUAGAAAACCCAAAACAUUUAACUAACCAGGUCAAGAUGACAAGUCCAACUUUAAUAGCACUGCCUAUGUUGCAAAUGCCUGCAUUCUGCCCUGAAUUCCGGAUAUCUAAAGACCAGCUGACUAUCCUGAUGCCUGUGGCGGUGGCAGCAGCCCUGGGAGGCUACCUGGUGAGCAGGUACAUGAGCAGGCGCAGCUGCAAGAAGGGCCGAGUGAACGCCUGCAUCAGUAAGGACCGGCCCAAGGUGGUGGACAGCUUCGACAUGGAGGACAUAGGAAACAAAGCUGUCUACUGUCGAUGCUGGAAGUCCAAAAAAUUUCCCUACUGUGAUGGCGCCCACUCCAAGCAUAACGACGAGACCGGCGACAACGUGGGACCUCUCAUCAUCAAGAAAAGGGAUGCCUGACCCGACUGACAAAUCAGGAGGACCUUUCUCUGUCCGCCAGCACGUCACCUGUCUGGCCAGCCGAUGUUCUACCCAUGAUUCAACACCUCGAUUUAAUAACAUUCAGCUAAAUGAGUCCAUGUCAAGACCACCGUCAAAAUAACCAUAACAACAAAUGGACGUUUUCAGUUGGGUCGAGAUGCAUUUCUAUUUCUGUUCGAAAAUAUAACCUAAC